CGCGGCCAGGUGAAGCCGGCGCUGCACAAACAAGUAAGUGCGGCCUGUCUUCGUCGUUCUAGGCGCCGAGGUCCCUCCCGCGGAGGGCGGGCCCGGCUCCCGCGGCCGCUUCGAGCUCUCCAGGGACUUCCCGCUCGGCAGGCCUCGGACUGCGGGCCAGGGAGGGUCCUCAGUCUUCCCUCUCCUCGGUGCCUGAGAGCUCUGCCCACUGAAAGGUGAGGAGUCAGGAGGAAGAGCAGGGGAGGAAGGCAGCCAGGAGGCACCAUGUUCCGAAAGAAAAAGAAGAAACGCCCUGAGAUCUCAGCCCCACAGAACUUCCAGCACCGUGUCCACACCUCCUUUGAUCCCAAAGAAGGCAAGUUUGUGGGCCUCCCACCACAAUGGCAGAACAUCCUGGACACGCUUCGGCGACCCAAGCCCGUGGUGGACCCUUCUCGAAUUACUCGGGUGCAGCUCCAGCCCAUGAAGACAGUGGUGCGGGGCAGCUCGGUGCCCAUGGACGGCUACAUAUCAGGGCUGCUCAACGACAUCCAGAAGUUGUCGGUCAUCAGCUCCAACACCCUGCGUGGCCGCAGCCCCACCAGCCGGCGGCGGGCACAGUCCCUAGGGCUGCUGGGGGAUGAACACUGGGCCGCUGACCCGGACAUGUACCUGCAGAGCCCCCAGUCUGAGCGCACUGACCCCCAUGGCCUCUACCUCAGCUGCAACGGGGGCACACCAGCAGGCCGCAGGCAGAUGCCGUGGCCGGAGCCACAGAGCCCAAGAGUCCUACCCAACGGGCUGGCCACCAAGGCACAGUCGCUAGGCCCCACCGAGUUCCAGGGUGCCACACAGCGCUGCCUGCAGUUGGGUGCCUGCCUACAGAGCUCCCCACCCGGCGCCUCACCCCCCACAGCCACUGGUAGGCGUGGGACCAAGGUUGCCAGGCAUGGUUCCGAGGAGGCCCGGCCACAGUCCUGCCUGGUGGGCUCGGCGACUGGCAGGCCAGGCGGGGAGGGCAGCCCCAGCCCUAAGACCCAGGAGAGCAGCCUUAAGCGCAGGCUGUUCCGAAGCAUGUUCCUGUCUACUCCUGCCACAGCCCCUGCGAGCAGCAGCAAGCCAGGCCCUCCCUCUCAGAGCAAGCCCACCUCCUCUUUUCGACCGCUGCAGAAAGAACCCACCCAAAGCCUGGUGGCCAAGGCCCAGUCCUUGCCCUCAGACCAGCCCAUGGGGACCUUCAGCCCUCUGACCACCUCGGAUACCAGCAGCCCCCAGAAGUCCCUCCGCAUAGCCCAAGCUGCCGGCCCACCCCCAGGCCGGUCUUCCCCCGCGGGCUCCCCACGCACCAGGCAAGCCCAGAUCAGCACCAGCAACUUGUACCUGCCCCAGGACCCCACGGUGGCCAAGGGUGCCCUGGCUGGCGAGGACACAGGUGUUGUGACACACGAGCAGUUCAAGGCUGCGCUCAGGAUGGUGGUGGACCAGGGUGACCCCCGGAUGCUGCUGGACAGCUACGUGAAGAUCGGCGAGGGCUCCACGGGCAUCGUCUGCCUGGCCCGGGAGAAGCAUUCAGGCCGCCAGGUGGCCGUCAAGAUGAUGGACCUCAGGAAGCAGCAGCGCAGGGAGCUGCUCUUUAAUGAGGUGGUGAUCAUGCGAGACUACCAGCACCUCAACGUGGUGGAGAUGUACAAGAGCUACCUGGUGGGCGAGGAGCUGUGGGUGCUUAUGGAGUUCCUGCAGGGCGGGGCCCUCACGGACAUCGUCUCCCAAGUCAGGCUGAACGAGGAGCAGAUCGCCACUGUGUGUGAGGCCGUGCUGCAGGCCCUGGCUUACCUGCAUGCCCAAGGCGUCAUCCACCGGGACAUCAAGAGUGACUCCAUCCUCCUGACCCUGGAUGGCAGGGUGAAACUCUCUGACUUCGGAUUCUGUGCUCAGAUCAGCAAAGACGUCCCUAAGAGGAAGUCCCUGGUAGGCACCCCUUACUGGAUGGCUCCUGAAGUGAUCUCCAGGUCUCUGUACGCGACUGAGGUGGAUAUCUGGUCUCUGGGCAUCAUGGUGAUUGAGAUGGUGGACGGGGAGCCACCCUACUUCAGCGACUCCCCAGUGCAAGCCAUGAAGAGGCUCCGGGACAGCCCCCCACCCAGGCUGAAAAACUCUCACAAGGUCUCCCCAGUGCUUCGAGACUUCCUGGAACGGAUGCUGGUGCGGGACCCCCAGGAGAGAGCCACGGCUCAGGAGCUCCUGGACCACCCUUUCCUGCUGCAGACAGGGCUGCCCGAGUGCCUGGUGCCCCUGAUCCAGCUCUACCGCAAGCAGACCUCCACCUGCUGAGCCCGGGGACACUGGGCAGCCAGCCUGCCGGCGGGGCCUGCCUGCCUCAUUCUCUCAGUAUUCUCUCCAAAGAUCGAAUGUGAAACCCCACCCACACCCUUCUGCCCCUCAGCCCACUGGGCCAGGCCGGACCUGCCCCUCGGUCUCUCUGCCUCCCAAGAGAGUCCCCAGUUGCCUUUGGGAUGGUGGAGACCCCCUUCUACAGAAUGACCCUCUGUUAUUUGCACAGGGAUAUUUCUAAGAAACGUGGAGACCCGCACUCCUGGCCACGUGGCCAACACAGCAGAAAAAGCUGCUGCGGUUUUUUAAAAGUAGUUGUACAUUAGCAUCCCAGGUCACCGAGAGGGCAGACUGCCUGUCUUCGCCAGGAUACUUGCUGUUCUCAGCUCCAGCUCUAAACCCUGGGGUCUCAAGAGGGCCACAGGGAAGGUUUCUAUUGCCUGAAGCCGUCUUCCUCCUUUACGUCUGACUUCCUGAAGGUACGGUCCAACCUGCACCUGUUUCCUGACCCACCUGCACUGACACCACUCUCCCUGCACAGCCUGCUCCAAACUGUGAACAGCCUGCUCUCUGGCCAGGGGUGGAGGAAGGGCAUUUGUCUGGGUAAAAGAGAAAGAAUGCGGUUGGUGGUAAACAUAAUCUCACUUUACAGGAUGGAGAGAACAUUGUGUGUGUGUGUGUGUGUGUGUGUGUGUGUGUGUGUAAGUGGAGGACAGUCACCCUGACAGCCUGGCUCCCUUCAGGUCACUCACAGGUCACCUACUUCAGUAAGGCUUCCCAUCCUUUCUGCCACUAAAUUCUACCAGGAAGGGACUGCUUUCUUGGCCUGGCUUCCCACCUCCUAAGUACCGUGUUUCUACCUGAACAGUGAAGAGAGCUGACACAUCCCAGGGGCUUCGCAGAUUUCCAGGUGUCUCCUGCACUGUGGAGUCUGAGAGCCAGAGAUGGGAAUGGUAAAGGAACAAACUUUGUUUUGCCUGUGAGCUUUCUCUCAAUAACCAGGUCAUCAAGGACCCAUUAUUUUCAAAAAUCUUGGUCUGAGGGAGAUGAACCACCCCCUGGGGCUCCAUCCUGUCAAGAAAAUGGACACCCCCUUUGUGCAAACCAUCUGCCCUAGCUGCCUCUUCAGACACCUGUCUCUUUGUCCCCCUUCCCUCCCCACCUUCAGGGAUGUUGUGAGUCAGGGAAUCCAGGGAAGAACUCCAGGUGUCAGGACCCUAUCUAGAUAAUAUUUUUAGAUUCCUCUGCUCCCUAGUGGCCUGCUUUGGGCCCCCCCCCCCAAAAAAAAAAAAAACUUGCAAGGACUUUUUUAAGGGUCAGAGUUUUAAAAACAAAAGCAUCUUCCCUAGAAACUUUUGUGAAUUGUUUGC